AUGUCUUCUACCAGCGAGUCUACAGCGCUUGACAACCAACCACUUCGCAAAGAGAAAGUCGACGGGGGGGAUGAUCCAAUGUCAGGGCCUGGCGGUGUUGGCGAGCCAGAUGCUGGAGGCCCUCCAUCCGCCUUUUCAUCCACCUUCCAAGAAGUCCUUUUCAUCCUUGUCAUCGGUCUAUCACAGCUCUUCUCUGUUGGCGGUCUUGGCAAUACAGCUUUUUCGGUGCAACAAAUUGCCCACUCGUUGAACGCCGCAGGCAAUGGUCAGAUGUCCUGGUUCCUGGCCGCGUAUUCUCUGUGCGGCGGCGUCUUCGUUCUGGUGACCGGCCGACUGGGCGAUCACUUCGGCCAUAAGUAUGUCUUCCUCUUCGGAUGGAUGUGGAUGGCCUUAUGGUCCCUCGUGAGUGGCUUUGCCAAAGAUGUGAUCCUCUUCGACAUUGCUCGCGGGAUGACGGGGAUCGGCAACGGGGCACUGGUCCCCAACUCCUUCGCCCUCCUCGCACGUGCCUUUCCCCCGCUGUCAGUCAAGAAAAACAUCGCCUUUGCUUUCCUUGGAUUCUGCGCACCAUCGGGUUACAUAUUCGGAGGCCUCAUCGGCGCUGCCUUCGCCGAGAAAGUCACCUGGCGAUGGGGGUAUUGGUUUUGGGCCAUUGGCUGCCUCGUCCUGGGCGCAGUGACUUAUCUCAUCGUCCCCCACCGCGUGGGUUCGCCGAUCCCCGGUCUCAGCCUCAAGCGCUUUGACUACCUCGGAUCCAUCCUCGGCGUCUCGGGUCUUAUCCUCUUCUCCUUCGCCUGGAACCAAGCCUCCGUGGUAGGCUGGCAAGAACCUUACGUCUACGCGCUUCUCAUCGUCGGAAUUCUCCUGAUCGGCGCAUUCGCCAUCUCUCAGUCCCACGUCCCGGCCCCCGUCCUUCCCAACACCCUCUGGACCCGCAAGGGCUUCUCCCCCGUCGUGACAGCGAUGUCAUUCGGCUGGAUGUCCUUCGGCAUCUUCCUCUACUACACGACGAUCUACAUCCUCACCAUCCACAAAGCGCAGCCACUCACAGCAGUCGCACAGAUGGUUCCGCUCGUGAUCGGGGGCCUGUUCGCGACCGCCUCCGUCGGGCUCUUUAUCACCAAAGUCCCCGCGCAGUACAUCUUCGGCGUCUCCAUGUUUUCCUUUCUGGUCGGCAACCUGCUGAUGAGUUUUGUGUCGUACUCCCCCAUCUACUGGGCCUUCAUCUUCCCCGCGUGUUUGCUGGUGGUCGGCGGACCGGACCUCUCCUUCGCGUCGUCGGGAAUCCUCAUCUCCAAUGCGGUCCUGCCGGAGGAGCAAGGCGUCGCCGGCUCGUUUAUUUCGACAGUUGUGCAGUACUCUAUUUCUAUCGGUCUGGGCAUUGCUGCGACCGUCGAGGCGCAUGUCAAUCACGGGGGAGCGGAUGUGAUCCGCGGGUAUCGCGGGGCGCUCUGGCUCGGGAUCGGGUUCGCAGCGGUCGGCUUCUUGAUUGUGGUUCUGUUCGUUCGGGAUAGCCGGUUUGAUGAAAAGGGGAAGAAUGUAAAGGCUGAUGCGAGCAGCACGGAUAGCGCUGAGAUGCCAAUCGCCGAGGUGGAUGUCUGA